AUGUCCAAUUCCUUUCCGGAGCGCAAGAUCUUGCCAGUGAGAUCCAGGAAGAGCCUCGGGCAGCGGGGAGAACGACGAAACAUUUCGAACAGCGACCAAGGCCAGCUUUCUACAUUGCCGCUUUCCGCAGAUGCUCAGCGUCUCGAGCAACCUCUAGAGAUCUCUCCAGCUUCUAACAACCUCUCUCCACGAAGACCUAAGUCUGCGAAUGCAGCCAAUGUCACUACCAGCCAAACAGGAAAUUUCCUCACCUCUAGCUAUGAGGACAACGGCUUCGAAUUUGGGGGAGGAGCCGCUCCCCCGCUCGACACGAUGAGAUUCUCCCCAUCUCUAGGCUCGCAGACUCGGUCUAGUGAUCUCUCUUUGCCAAUUCUAUCAAGGCUUGAACCAGAGGACCCUCAGUCUUUACAUACCUUGUAUUCCGACGAAAAGAUAGUUGCUACUACUGAAAACGAGGAUCUCGGAAUGCCUAUACCUGUUUUACUUGAUGGGCGCUUGGCCUCCACUGGGGCGGGCCCAUCUACUCCGCCUCAGACACAGCUUCCUCCCUUUAGUCAAAUGUCAGAGCUAGGUUCAAGUUCAUCCCUGUAUCUACAUGGGCGAAGCGUGUCGGCCACUUCUUUCACAAGCGAUAUCAGCUAUAACAGCGAUCCCACAAGCCCCUAUAUUGUGGGAAGUGAGGAGGCGCCAUUGGAGCCCUUCUUCACCUCAACUUUUCAAACAGCGCUGCAAAGAGGACUUGAUAUUGCAAAGGAUGCAGCCAGCGCGAUGGAGGAGGCAGGGCUAUCUAUAGUAGAAGGGGGCGUUCUGCAAAGGUUGAUUAGUGAUGCUAAAGGCUUAAGUACAUUUAAAGGCCCCGGUACAAGAACCAUCGCCAUUCUAGGGGACUCGGGCGAAGGAAAGAGUAGUCUCAUCAACGCUCUACUUCACUUUCCAGAUAUCGCCAAAACCGGAGAUAUAGGUGCAGCUUGCACCUCAGUUGUUACUGAGUAUAGACAGAAGACGGCCAUUCAUGUGGCGCCUAUCACGAUCGAGGUCGAGUACCUCUCUAUGAGUGAAAUUGAAGAUCUAAUUAAGGAACUUAUCUGGAACUACCGUCGAAUUUACCUUCCGCACAGCGAAGGUGAAAACGUUACUGAAAAUGAGUACACUAUGAUGCAACGUGUAUCAGAACAAGCAUGGUCCUCGCUUGAAGCAGGAUUUAGCCAUCAGAGGGAGUUUAGCAAAGAUUUGCUUAUAAAUGACAUGUCUGAAGCUGGGCUGGCUAUAGCAAAUAAUCAGCUGGUUCAGUGGGCGCAUGAACUUAAUUGGCCAGACAGCGGAGAGAGUGGGAAGUGGACGUCAACGGCAGACACUGCAGAUGAAUGCUGCGAGAAGACAAGUGUGUUUAUGCAAGACCGGUUUUGGCCAUUCACAAAAAUCAUCCGUGUUUAUCUUGGAGCAGACGUCUUAAAGACUGGAGUUGUUCUCGCUGACUUGCCAGGUCUACACGAUACCAAUCUAGCAAGAGAUAUCAAUCAGAAGGCGGCGAGACGAGAAUUUUGUGGGCCGAAUAAGAGAAUAGCUGAAGAAGUAAUGAUGAAAUUCGAUAAAGAUAUUGAAGAGGCAAAGAGGCGCGGCGAUAAAUCCCUCAAGAAACAGUUGAAGCGAAAGCAAGAAUUACUACUCAUUAACGCUCGCAGUAUUCACGUCAAAGAAGGGUUACAAAGAACCUAUUCCUCGAAAAUCCCGAAGGGAGAACUGGAAGUAUUUUGCGUAUCUAACACAACAUAUGAGAAGUUUGCUAAGAAAGGCAAUGUGGAAAUGGUUCAAGCUAGUGGUAUACCGGAGCUCCGACGAUUCUGCUACACUAUAACCGCUCAUGCGCAGCUACUCGAAGCUAAGAAUUGCCUUCGUUCAAUGCUGUCGAGCCUUCUAAAUUCAGCCAAGCUCUGGGCGGCCAAACCUACGGAACCCCAGCAAACCGUGGAGGCUAAUUUGGAUGAAUCUAUCUAUUUCGCCGUUGACAAUAGAAAACAAGAGGAGUCAUUGGACGCUGUCUCUCGGGCUAAAAACGAAUUUAAGGAAACAUUUCAGGAGCUGGUUCUUGAACUUCUAGACAAACAAAAUGAGGCUUGGGAAAACGUGGCGGCACAAAAUGGUCGAACUUGGUGUACUGUGUGGCAUUGGAGUAACGUCUCUAUACAUUCUCAGUACAAUGCUUGGUGCCGGAAAGAUGGUGACCAUUGGACGGAAAAGCGAGGCAAGGUGAAUUGGAACGCUGACCUCAUCUGGAAAAUGAGAAUGGAGAUGGCAUUUCAAUGGGAAACAUUAGAAGACGACAUUCCAACGCUAUUUGAAACAUUGUUCCAGUCCGCCAAAGCGCCCAUACUGGAAUUGCAGUCAGAGAUGAGAGGCAAGUUAAAAGAUAUUGUCCUUGUGCGAAUUCAAGAUAUCAAGUACAAGUUCAGCCUAGCAGAGAAAAGUUUUGCGAAGGAAGUCAGAAUUGUUCGCUCUAAAGCAUCAGAGCCGAAUGAAUCCUCCUAUGUACUUGCGGAAAUGCUUCCUGCUUACCGAUCGGCAGCCCAAGAAUGCGGCGUUGGUAAAGGAGCUCGUCAGCAACACACCGUGCAAGGACGAAUUACGAACGGCACAUUGUUCCCUAACAUCUCGAGAGCAAUAAAAAAUGACAUCGAAGCCACGGCUAAGGCAGCUUUCAGUACCUUGCAAAAAUCAUUAGUGUCAGUUUUUGUACCUAUUGAGAACGAUAUUGCUAUAGCAUUGGCUUGUGCGCCGCAACAGCCCAGUAACAUGGAGGUUGUUGGCCGUGAGGAAGAGGAGAGACGGAGAGGAGAGUUGGCAGAUGCGGUUCAGGGCUUAAUGAGGCAGCACGCUGAAGUACUUGCGAGUAUUGCAGAUAUAUGA